UAUUUAAGAGACAAUUCAUCCCAUAGGAAUUUUCAUAAGUUACGACAGGUGGUGUUUCUUUCAGUGGAAUCAGACCCCAUAGACAGUGAGGGGCUCUUCAGUGAAAACGAGGCUGAUGAUGUAGAUGAAGACAGGGAUUUCAGUCAGCCUAGUUACCGCAAAAAUGAGUCUGUGGGGAAAAGGCAGAAGUCAGCUCGCUUACAGGAACGAGCAAGAGGCACCAAGUCUAAUCAUGCAAACGCAGCAAAAACUAACAAGUCAGGAUCUGCUGCACCUUCGGAUGAAGAGGAAGAUAAGACAAAGAAUGGUGAAGAGAAGGCUUCAGGAUCAAAACCGGGAUCAAUUGCUGCCUCUCGUGAGCCAUCUGAAGAUGAUGAUGAUGAUGAUGAAAAACAACGCCGACCACAGACAUUCUUGCCGAGCCAAAUGAUGGAAUCAUUGCCAAAUCUGAGAGAAAGGAAGAGUGUAAGAGAGUACUAUGGAAAGGAUGAAUCCGUGUAUAUCAUGGAUGCGAAGCAAGUUGGAAAUAUCGGACGGUAUUUAAAUCAUUCUUGUGAGCCAAACGUGUUCGUUCAGAAUGUGUUCGUGGAUACACACGAUCUCAGGUUUCCUUGGGUGGCGUUCUUCGCAAUUCAUAAUAUCCGUGCCGGAACAGAGCUUACCUGGGACUACAAUUAUGAAGUUGACAGCGUCCCAGGAAAAAUCAAGUACUGUUAUUGUGGUGCUAAGAAAUGCAGGGGAAGACUUUUGUAAGUUUAUUUUGUGAAUCUCACGGAAGUUUGUUGAUAAGGAAUGUCCUUGUUCAAUUGCAAACCAUUCUGCUUGUGUAUGGGCCUUAAUCAGCUGGUGUGACAGGUGGUACACUGUAGCAAAAGGUGAUUAUUGCAGGACUGGUGUCAUAGCAGUUGUGGUAGGUAGUGACUCGGAGUUCAUGUUUCAUGUCUAUAUUUGUUUUCAUGUUGAAUACAGUGCAUCAUUGUUAAUCAAUCUUUAAACCAUAAUAAAAGGACAAAACAUUUCUUGGAAUUAACUGUAUUUCUUACAGCGCAUCUUUUUUUUUUUUUUUACGUAGGUAACAUCAUACUCAGUGACUUUGAUAUAUGCCAUUAUUAAUGUGGAUUAACUCUAAGUUACAUGUUCAAGCUAUCACUAACCACAGUCACACAUAGCACCAUGGGCACUGUGGUAAAGUUAUUUGACCAAAGCAAUAUAAGAACCAAACCAUCCACUUGACUUUUCAAGCCUCAGAGAUUGUUUUAGCUCAAGGAUUCUGAUCAGCAUCUUUAAUGUUUAAAUGGAUGCAGAGAUAUCUUUUCAUAUGAUUACACCAGUUAGGUAUUUGAUAGGAGCAGUUUUUAGUUUAAAAGGAAGGUAUUCAGUCCCCAAAAUGUAAUAUAAGAGUUUUUACAAGACUUCAGGCUUUCAUUUUAUUUCUGACACCUUACAUUGAAUGCACUUUUUAGCAGCAUAAUUACUUUUUACCAAUCAGUGAUAAUUAACCUUCCCAAACUGGGCAGUUCAUUCAUUGUAUUUUAAAUGACUGUUACAGUAUGUUAUGACUUAAAUUUAUCUGAGCCUGCAUUUACUUCAGUUUAAGAUAGUGUACUGUCUCUCAUACAAGCAAAUUAAGGAAAAAAUAGAAUGGAGUUGUUUCAUUACAUUCUCAUUAAUCAUGCAUAGCCUAUUUCAUUGUUGAUGAUAAUCCCAGGAUCACUGGUCUGUUGCUUGUAUGUUAAUCUGUUACCUCAUUUUUUGUGGUGCUAUAUUUCUGUUAACAAAGCUGCUUUUGUUCUCCAGCCUUUUUCUUCAGGGUCCUUUAUCUGGUACUCAUUAUUUUUUUUAUCAGCCUUUUUUCUUGUUUAGGUAAUUUAGUGACCAGUGUGUAUGUUGUUUUACAGUGCCAUAAUUGUUAUCUAUCAGAGUAUUUACACUUUUUAUCUAUGAUUUUUAGCACAAAAAUGUUUUUCCUUCCAUUAAAUCAUAUAUUUGACCCCAUCCUUCCAACCCAUGCAAUCUUGCUGUCUCACAGGAAAUUUCUAUGGUUAGGGAAGUACACUAAUCCUUUGAUAUGUAGCCGAGGGUUCACAGGGCUCAGUGAAAUGCGUUUUUUCCCCUACUUCAACUUAUCAAAAGACAGACUUGUGGUCCUGGAGAUAUUUUGUAGACUAUGAUGUGGGGUAUGUAUGAUUCAAUUGUAUUGUAAAACCAUAUUGUGCAAUAGUGCUAAGAAUAUUUACAUUAUAGCAAUAUCAACAGUAAGUGUUUCAUCUGAAGAACUUGUUGUAUGUAACAUGCAACCUGAAAUUAUUGUAUUGUGCCAAAGAUGCAAAUUUUUCAGGUAUAUGAAAUCAAGGUUUUUUGCUUUGAUUCAUGAUUUUCAUUUUUUCUGUUACACUUCUUGACUGACUUUUUAUAUAUGUGACUUUUUUUUUUGUAAAGAUAUGUCAAUAGUUUUUUAGGUCAUGGUUUUAGUGUAAAAAGUAGUAUGUUCUCAGUGUUCGUAUAAAACUAGUCUUACAUUUUAAUAAGAUUUUUCCAGUGCAAUAAAUUAAAUUGCCAAUUAUUUAUUUAAUGGUCUUAUAGAAACCGAUAUAUAUGGUCAAGACCUUUGUAUUGGAAAAAUUAAUGCAUCUUUUCAGUUUCCCUCUGGAAAAUUUGUUUAUAUUGAAAUCUUAAAGGGUUGACCUUUGGCUGUUGUUUUAGCAAUGUAGGAAUACUUGACUUGCUCAAUGACAUUCAGCUACUUCUGACGUUAUAAUUGCCAAGCUUUUUGAACUCCAAUAACUUCAUAUUAUGUGUAUUUCUCAAAUGGUUACUCAUUUGAGCUCUGUAAUUUCUCAUACAGCACUGCUCUCUGUCAGCUGAUUGGUCCUUAAAUACUACGUAUACAUCCAUUCAGAAUUGUCAUAGGACAGUGGAAAAAUAUCUUCUCAUUUUCUCCUUCUCAAAUCUGAAAUCACAGUUUUCUUUGUAGUCUGUUCUUUACGUUUACUUUGUGAGUGUCUGAGUUUAUAGAUUUUUAUAUAAAAGAAUCAAGCCUUUUACUAAAAGAUUAUAUUUUUGUAUUAUUUAAUGCUUACUCUUAAUGAAAGGAUGAAAAUGGUCAGAUUAAAUCUUUUUGUAAUAUGACUAAGUUGAAUUAUCUGUGUUAUUAUGUUGACAUGGUUCCCAUGACAAGCCUUUUGGGACAUGUAUUGGGAAUCCAAAGUUUGUAAAAUUCAGAAAAUAUGUUCCAAUACAAAAUAAACUGUCUUUCAUUAUAAGUUA